AUGGCAGGCUCGCCUAGUCCUCUGACCACCCAUGUGCUGAACACUGCAAUGGGUGUCCCUUGCUCAAACAUGGCCCUCAGUCUCUACCGACAAGACCCCUCCACUAAUGCCUGGAAUUUGAUAACCACUGGGACCACUAAUGCUGAUGGACGUUGCCCAGGACUCAUCACAAAACAAAUAUUUACUUCUGGUGUGUAUAGAAUGCGUUUUGAGACUGCUCAGUACUGGGAGAGUAUAGAGGAGACCUGCUUUUACCCGUAUGUUGAGAUUGCCUUCACUAUAAAUGACCCAGGCCAAAAGUACCACAUCCCUCUACUCUUGAGUCGUUUCUCUUACAGUACAUACAGAGGGAGCUAA